GCUUAAUGUCAUAAACUAGUUUUGAGGACUUUGUAGCCAAAUUAAGCCAAUAAUUGCAGUCAAAUAUUGAUAUAUACAAAGUACUUUGCUACCAACAACUAUUCAGCCUCCGCAUUCUCUUGACUAGACAUCCCACGCGAGUCAUAUUUGGGAGAUUGCUGUCGCAUGACAACCCUAAACGGACCAAAAACUAUUGAUACCGACGAAUAUGCGUAUUUUUUAGGCAGGGCAUGGGUCCUCUGUACAAUUCUUAAGCCGUUACGUUUAUCUAGGGCAAGUUAUUUUCAAUGAUUUAGCAGGAUUUAGUUCGCCUUGUCCAGCAGUGACUGGAACAGAUUGGCAUUUCGUUUUUAGACAUGCACGGACUGAGUUGCAAAUGUAAAUGGGGCCUUACUUUCACUCUGUUCUUAUCUGUCAUUUGCGUGUUUAUCUUCUGUGAAUAUUUGAUAUAUUACCCUGCAAUUUUGCGUUGUUCGUGGCCGAAGUUGAAUAGAGACAGCGGCAAGGGAGUCCCCCCGCUUCAGGCUUUGUUUCUGUCGGAUACCCACCUCCUUGGCGCAAUAAAGGGACACUGGUUCGACAAACUGCGAAGAGAAUGGCAGAUGGAGAGAGCUUUCCAGACCGCACUGGGGGUCCUACAGCCAGAGGUGGUCUUCAUUUUGGGAGACAUCUUCGACGAGGGGAAAUGGAGCUCCCCAAAGGACUGGGAGGAUGACGUCCGCCGCUUUAAGCAGAUCUUCCGACAUCCCAGAGACAUGGAGCUUAUAGCCAUCAUUGGUAACCAUGACAUCGGCUUCCAUCAUGAAAUGAGCUGGUACAAACUUGAACGCUUCGAGAGGGUGUUCAAUGUCACCUCUGCCCGGAUCGUAACCAACAAGGGAGUCAAUUUUGUACUGGUGAACAGUAUGGCCAUGCAUGGAGACCGCUGCCCCAUCUGCGAGCAUGUGGAAAACGAGCUGUACAGCCUCUCUCAGGCUCUCAACUGUUCAGUGCUGAGCCACCGGUCAAGCAGCAUGAGAACAUACUGUCAGGAGGAUAUGCAGAAGUUUCCCCGCUCAUCACCUAUCAUCCUACAGCACUACCCUUUGUACCGACCCAACGAUGCAGAGUGCACUGGGCAGGACGCCGCCUCUCCUGAAGAGCGACAGCAGGUGUUCCAUGAGCGCUAUGACGUGCUAUCCCAGGAGGCUUCUCAAAGGUUACUUUGGUGGUUCCAGCCCCGCCUUAUCCUGAGUGGCCACACCCACAGUGCCUGUAAGGUGGUCCAUGACAACAAGCACCCAGAAAUCAGCGUUCCUUCCUUCAGCUGGAGAAACCGCAACAACCCCAGCUUCAUCCUGGGCACCUUCUCUCCCACGGACUUCCAGUUGGCCAAGUGCUUCCUGCCAGAAGAGAGCAGCGUGGUGGCCAUCUACUGUUCCACAGCCAUGGUCGUCUCCCUCCUGCUCUUGGCCCACCUACACCUCACCAAGACCUCCAUGCUCCUGGCCACCAAUCUCAUGGGCAAGCACAAGGGCUUCUGACAGUUUCCCCUAGAUCAAACUAUUUGCUUGGCGGGCCGCUUAAAAGAAAGUCCCCUGAAGUGUGACUGAAACCAAUAGAGGGUGAAAUGUUCUAGGUGAAGGGCAAGAGAUAGGCCCUAUGAUACCUGUCAAAGUAACUGUAUGAGGACAUCGGUGUGACCUGUCACCUUUGAUGCCCUCAGGCCCCAUGUUCCAAAGACUCCUGUGUAGUGUAGACACUCCUGACAUAGAACCCAACAUCACCUUUUACAGGGAGGGUCUGGGUCCUGACAUAGAACCCAACAGCACCUUUUACAGGGAGGGUCUGGGUCCUGACAUAGAACCCAACAGCACCUUUUAUAGGGAGGGCCUGGGUCCUGACAUAGAACCCAACAGCACCUUUUACAGGGAUGGUCACUCUGGGAUAGCUUUUACUGAUCAAUUACGUGCCCUGAGAUUUUAUCCGUUGUUUCCCUUUUUAAAUUAUUGGCAACUUGAAUGUUUUAUUUUAUCUCUGAUCUACUGGUGAAUAAGCUAUGGCAGGGCCAUCUUUGAGCUUUUUAAAUGUGACCUGGACGAAAACAGUCGAGGGAAGAUGGUGACACUGGGUUUCUUGUAACUGUAAUUUAUGCAUAUACAAAGUGUACAUAAUCUGUCAUAUUUUCCCGCAUAUUCAGUUUCGACAAACCCCCCCCCCCAAAAAGUAUUCUGAUGUGCCUCUUUAUUAAAAUAAAAAUGUUUUU